CCGCUCCACGAGCCGGAAGUUGGUACGUGGCCGCUCCGGCUGACACUCGGCGUGAUGGCGACGGCCGCGCUUAGACCCGAGCCGAGCGGCGGCGGCGGCGGCGGCUCUAGCCGCCUGGAAGUCUCCAUCGACGGCUUGACGCUGAGCCCCGAUUCCGAGGGCGAGCAGGAAUCCGUCGAGAGACUGAAUGCUGAGAUGCAGGGGCAGGAUAAAGAAGCCCCGAAUGCCCCCGAUGGGACGGAUGACGAAAAGGGCGACACUGCCAGAACCAUGGAAUUAAAAUGGGGCUUUUCUCUGCAAGAGCUCUACGGGCUGGCCUUGAAAUUCUUUAAAGAUAAAGACGGCAAAGCUUUCCACCCGACGUACGAGGAGAAACUGAGGCUCGUCGCACUGCACAAGCAGGUGUCACUGGGACCCUACAACCCCGACGCUUCACCCGAGGUCGGCUUCUUCGACGUCCUCGGCAACGACCGACGGAAAGUGUGGUCUUCCCUGGGCAACAUGGACAAGGAAGAAGCCAUGGUGGAGUUUGUCAGGCUGCUGAAUAAAUGCUGUAACUUAUUUGCCCCCUACGUCACGUCACACCGGAUCGAGAGGGACGAGCAGGAAAGGAAAAGGAAGGAGGAGGAAGAACGGCGGAGGAAAGAUGAAGAGGAGCUGGAGAGACGGUGGCGGGAGGAGGAACGGCAGCGCCUGGAGGCAGAGGAACGACUGCGACUAGAAGAGGAGAGACUGAGGGUGGAGCAACAGAAGCAGCAGAUAAUGGCAGCUCUGAAUGCCCAGACCGCGGUCCAGUUCCAACAGUACGCAGCCCAGCAGUACCCGGGGAACCUGGAGCAGCAGAUGGUUCUGAUCCGGCAGCUGCAGGAGCAGCACUACCAGCAAUACAUGCAACAGCUCUACCAGGUCCAGCUGGCGCAGCAGCAGGCUGCCCUGCAGAAGCAGCAGGAAGACACAAUGAGGUCACUGACAGCAGAGGUGAACAUGACCGCCAUUGAUGGGCACGCUCUGAAUGGGCAGCACGGCCCGGAGAGCCCAGACAGGGACUCGGAGGUGGAGCCGGCGGAGGAGCUGACGGAGCCGACGGAAAACGGGCCCACAGAAACCACCCCGCUGAUCGCCGCACCGUCGAUGUGGACACGGCCGCAGAUCAAGGACUUCAAGGAGAAGAUCCGGCAGGAUAUAGACUCUGUGAUCACGGUGGGCCGUGGCGAGGUGGUGACGGUCCGUGUACCCACGCACGAGGAGGGCUCCUACCUUUUCUGGGAGUUCGCCACCGACCACUACGACGUCGGCUUCGGGGUCUACUUCGAGUGGACGGACUCGGGCGACACGGGCGUCAGCGUGCACGUCAGCGAGUCCAGCGACGACGAGGACGACGACGGGGGAGACGGCGUCAGCGAAGCGGACAAAGCUAAGAAGAACAGCAGCAAGCCUCAGGUGGACGAGAUCGUGCCAGUAUACCGGAGGGACUGCCAUGAGGAGGUGUACGCGGGUAGCCACCAGUACCCCGGCCGUGGCGUCUAUCUCCUCAAGUUCGAUAACUCCUACUCCCUCUGGAGGUCCAAAGCAGUCUACUACAGAGUCUACUACACUAGAUAAGGCGGGAGGCAGGCGGGGGAGUGUACAGGCCAGAUCCGAGUGGAGACACUGAGGAUGAUCGUCGCUGAGACUGUUUGUAUCCCGCUUCGGGACGGCCUCUCUACCCGUUCAUGUCUGGAUUGAGGAAGAAAAAAUGAAAUUUGUCUACCACCUUUCUGCUCCUGUGUUUGUGACAGUCGCGCGUCUGUUUCCGACCGCCCGCUGUCCUCCCUUCCUGGUUCUGUCUUCGUUCCUUUCUUCACAGUUUUUUUUUUUCUCCGAUUAUGUUUGCUAGCUGGUUAAUGGUUUAUGAACUGCGCUAAGUGCAGUUAAUCAUUAACGCGGAAAGACCUGCACCUCGUCCUGUUACUCUCAGCCCCUCUGAGGAGCGGCAGGGGAAGGACAGAUGCGCCUCUGCAGACCCUGGGGGCCGUGAAUAAUGUGAGAGGAACUGCAUGAGCGCAGCCCUGCGUGAAGAUCUUAAAGGGGUGGAGCCACUUUUGGGCAGACAUGUAGGGAAAAGAGCCCGGUAUUGAUUUAUAAAACAACAGCAUCUUUGCAUGUGGGAGAUAUUUUAAGAAAGUGGGUUGUAGAAAUUUUGUGUGUGUAUGGGGGGGUGCUUACCAGUGCUGCUAAAGGGAUUAAGCUGGUGUUUGUCGGUGGGUAUAGGAGUGAGUGUGUGUGUACGCCCCAUAAAGAAUACACCACACAACUGUAUAGUCUGACUUUCAGAAGCAUCCCAUCUAGCUUUCUGGUUAUUUCAGAAGGAUAGUCCAUUUAACAGUUACCAAAUGUUCAAGGUACUAACUCUGGCUUUGGUCAAAUAUUCAUCUUGAUGCUCAUUACAUAUUAUGGCUCAAAGCAAAAUAUACUUACAUGUUCACUUUGAAUUGUCGUGUCCUGAGGUUUUCAGUAGGGCUUAUUGAAAUUUAAAUUGGAUCAGUUAACGUAAUUAUAUUCCCCUGACAUGUCUGGAUUAAACAUUUAAAACGAGCACAGCAGAACAAGGUUUAAAUGGCAUUUAUGAGAGGAAUGUGAACGGAUUCAUUGAUUCCGGAAGCCUGUAAAUGGACACAUCAAAUCUAUGCUUGUAUUUUUGUCACUCUCUGGACUCCUGGAUCUUUGCGGUCCUCCUCCCUCACUCAGCCUUUGAUCGAUCUCCCUCCCUCCUCCCCGGUGACAGCUUUCUGCUGGUUUCGCUUGACCUCUGCGUUGCGUGCGAGCCAGGGGAAGCAGUCAUGGCUGAACGGAAGCCUGUGUUUAUCUUUGCACCUUGUUUGGGCUCAGUGGUCUCACACAGGAGGACGCCUUUCAUACCGGUCAGUGUCACACAGCUCUUUUCGUGCUGUGUCUGUCCCACACCCUCCCUUUUUCAGUUUGGCUUAACCCAUCUGUAUGACAGCCUCCUGCAUCACGCUUGCUAAUGCAGGCAGGUUACGUGCAGCGUUGGCACGUCGCUAAGACCUAAAACCUGUUUGGCCGCUCCUAGGCGUUCGGGUUACUUGUUCCUUUCUCGCUAAAGCAGCUCGCUGACGGUCACCUUCAUUUCCUUUAACUUGAGCCCCUUUUAACCUGCGCCUUGUGCUUCCUGGGUGGACUUCGAGCUACGUGCUGCCCCCAAACCCGCGCUUUCUGCCGUAAUUCUUGCACUGGUUUGUAUGUGAUACUUCAGUCCCAGUCGCCAUGGACCUCCCAGGGUGCCAUGUUUCGUACAGCGUAGGAAAGGCAUCCGUUUACCGCACACUGCCCCCUGUCACUGUUACCGUCGAUGCCAGGAGGCGUGGGAAGGGCGUCUCUAACCAGGACCGUGUCACCCACAGGCUGGGCUCUAUAUGCAAACUGUACUUUUCAAAUGUUACAAUGGGCAAAGAAGGAUUUUGGUUUGUUUGGGGUGUUAAACUGUGGGGUGUGCAUUUUAAUCUUUAAUCUUUAAUUAAACUUCCGUCUACCUGUAACACUGGACUGGGCUCUAACUUUUUGAUAAGCAAAUAUGUUUGAUCUCGUAAUUAAACCUGACCUGAUUAAACACUUUUCAGAAGAA